AUGCUUAUUGAUGAACAAAUUACAUAUGUAUCGAAACGUGCUUGUGGCAUAAAAUUUAAUAUCUAUUUCCUCCACCCUAAUCAACCGAAAAAUUCGUCAGCUAAUUAUUCUACAGAUAUCGAUGUUUUUUAUAAGACAAGGUUAACCUAUUGGCCAAGUUGGCAUCUAUCAAUGCCGUUUCAAUUUCUACCAGCGAAUCGAAUAGCGACUCGAUUGUUUAUACCGACUGUAAAACAAAUAGAAUCAUGGCCGAUGUAUCCGAUAUGCCAAUACAAAUUUCACCUAUGUUUGCAAUGUCAUAUUCAACACAAUUGUCCGUAUUCAUCGGAUUCAUUUUGUUAUAUCUCAUCGAUUUGUAUUUGUCCAUUGAAUAAAUAUGAUCCGCAUUGCUAUUUAAAGCAUUCAAUUUGUUCAGCAAAAAACAACCCAUACAUACGCGAAGAAACAACAGCUUUUGUUUUACAUUAUAUUACUGCAUACAAAAGUGCUCAACAUCCACGUACAACAAUGUUUAAAAAGAUAAAAUAUAACGAAAAUGCACUUGCAUUGUUUGAUACUUAUCCAUUUCAUAUUCUCACGACUGAAUUAUUCAAUCAAAGUUGCUAUUUGCUUGCAGUACGAGAAAAAUUUAUUGAAUCGGAAUAUAUUCAAACUGAAUUAGUGGCCCAACAACGAUGUUAUUUCAUAGAUGAACUCUUGAAUGAAACGGUUCGUUCUUAUCCGCGUUUACAUCGUAUUAAAUAUUACCCUCUUUUAUAUCGACAACAUCGUGAAUUAAAGUGUUUUUAUGACAAAAACUAUAUGUGCUUAUGUGACAUGGAUCGAUUUUCGAAUUGUUUCGCAUUCGACCAUUCAAUUACGUACGAUUGUCAAGGUUAUAAUGAUUGUGAAAAUGAUGGGCAAUGCUUUCAAGACAAUACUACUCGUCCUAGUUUAUCGAUAUGUGUUUGCCCAGAUUGCUACUAUGGAACCAAAUGCCUAUUUUCUAUCAGUGGUUUUAUUUUAUCACUUGAUUAUAUUCUUGGUUAUCAUGUUAAACCGAAUGUUUCAUUUUUUCAACAGCCAUUAAUUGUAAAAAUGACUGUAGUAUUCACAACACUUAUGUUCACUGUGGGAUUGACCAAUGCAUUGUUAACAUUUUGUGUUGAGAAAGCAAGAGAUGUCGAUCGUGGCUUUUAUUAA